UAUUGAUAGGAUAUAGAUAUGUUGAGUAUUGGUAAGAGGCUAGUGCCACAACUGUCCCGAUUAUGCAAGAGACGGUUGAGCAGCGCACCACGCUCUAUUACCACCCACUACACAAUGGUGGACAGAGCUUCUGAUGAACGCUGGGACGAUGUUGAAAUGGAGCGAUACGCUGACGAAGUAGACGUAGCUAUAGUAGGAGGUGGUCCAGCAGGUUUAUCAGCAGCUAUACGUCUUAUGCAGAAUGCAGAGAGGGAGGGUGCUGAGAUUAGAGUCUGUGUAAUCGAGAAGGGUCCUGAGAUUGGGAGUCACACCCUCUCGGGGGCUGUUAUCGAGCCCGGUCCCCUCUUAGACCUGUUUCCAGACGCCAUUGAACGCGGAGCUCCGCUCAAGACGCCAGUGACCAGAGACGAAUUCGCAAUUCUUACUAAAAACUAUUCAAUGGACAUUCCUGAACUACUGAUCCCCAUGAAGAAUCACGGCAACUACAUAGUCAGAUUAGGACAUGUGGUCAAGUGGCUCGGUGAGCAAGCUGAAGAGCUAGGAGUUGAGAUAUAUCCCGGGUACGCGGCAAGUGAAGUUCUGUUUCACGAGGAUGGAUCAGUUAAAGGUGUCGCUACCAACGACGUAGGCAUUGCCAAGGACGGAUCUCCUAAGAUGAUCUUAGUUCACUAGUUCUAAUAUCAUGACGUGAUCUGAGCCGGGGCUCUCAUGGAGUGCUUGCUAUGGGGCCUGGCAGACAUGUGAUCCACAGACUUACGUACGCAACGAGGAGCCCUAACGAGAACUGGUUCGGAUCAAGUCAUCCAUAAUGACCUGCUAUACGACAAUACAGUGAUGUGAACCUUCACAUGCUCGGUAUCUCAAUCAGCUAGCGGGAAUAAUAUAUAAACCCGCAACGCCUGUGUUUAUCUUAUACCAUUACCACUAUGUCUUCCUCAUCCAUCGAGUUUAUUCCUGGCAGAAAGAAAGGCAGCCGCAACGUCCUCUACGAUGGUCACCUCUACCACCUUAACAGAAAGAGGGAAGACAAGACCUACUGGAAGUGCAACAAGUUCAAGUCCCGCCUGAUCCUUGUCCAGGACACCUUCUGUUCUGCUACCCCUCAUGAUCACGAAUCUCAACCAGCAGAAAUUGCAGCCCACCGCUCCAAGUCUAAAAUGAAGACCCUCGCAGCUACUACUGAGAACUCAACUAAGCAGAUUGUUGCAGACUCUGUCGCUGGACUAUCCUUCGAAGCCUCGUCCCGGCUCAACUGUGAUCCAAGUCAUUGGCACGACUAGUCAGACGAGCCAGACAGGCAGCCUACUCCCAUCCUGUCAACCCCAUCUCCUUAGAAGACCUGGUGAUUCCUCCUAACUACCUGACCUCUGCCGGUGGUGACACUAUGUUGCUCUGGGACUCCUCCUACGACACCAACACCAGAAGAUCUAUCCUCCUUGGUACUGCAGACAACAUCAACAUCAUCUAUCAGUCAGAUCACCUCGUCGUGGAUGGAACCUUUAAGACCUCUCCAGACCUGUUUACUCAACUCUUCACAGUCCACGCCUUACACCCUACUGGAUGGAGAAUCCCUGCAGCCUUUGGACUCCUACCCGGGAAGCGCACCAUGUACGAGAACAUCCUCAACGAACUGGACUCCUACGGACCCUUCUACCCUCUGUCGGUGCUGGUGGACUAUGAAAUCGCUAUCAGAAACGCAGUCUCCAACGUCUGAUGAUUAUGAUAACUUUGGGGAUGUUACCGAGUUUCUGAAAGCUGUUGAAUCUAAGAUUUUGGGUUAAUGCUUUAAUGUUUACUUAUUAUUGUGUGAUUUAAAUUACUGUAUCAGUAUAUUAUCUAUUAUUCUUUGACC